AUGCCCAACGUCGCUCCCACUCAAAAAGCCUCCGACGCGGCAGCUCACGCAGAGUCCUCGCAGCAGGCAGUGUCCUUGUCUCAUUUCCGCCUGCCUAGCUACCGCUCCUCCUACCUCGAGAGGUUCCAUCCAUAUGUCAGAACCAGGGCGCGAAGGAAGGUAGACCUGAUGCAAACGGUCGAUUAUCGCUAUGACCAUGGGGUGCCAUACAGGCCCAGUUUUGCGCUGUCAGUUGUUGAAGAGGAGGACGAGGAAGUUGUCAACAACCUGGCGGCGCUCGUUCCUGCGGCGGAGGGACAGGAGAGUGUUCAGCGUCACAACAAACUGAGGCGUCUUGGUAUAGUUGAGCUUGUCAUAGAUCUGGCGCUGGCGAUGCGUCGCAGAUUCCGCAAGUCUUGA